AUGGACAUGGAUCGUGGUGUUGUUGUUGUUAUCAUGGCGAAAAGGAGCAUGCGCGUUGAGACUGUUUGGAGGGUAUGGCCGCCUUGCUGGGGAUUCUGCAAUGACUCCUUGUCACGCCAUGCCAGCCUCCAGCAAAACCACGAGGGCGAGAAUGCAAUGGCAAAGAUACGGUACAUCGGUGACGAAGCCAAGCCAACCCACCAACCCCUCACCCCUCGGCCCGCGCCUCCAUCCUCUCCCGCACAAGCUCGACCCGCCGACGCACCUCGUGCUCGACCACGCGCUCCAGCUGCCCGGCGUCCUCGACGCCGUGCUCGCGAAUCACGCGCUCGGCAAAGUCGCGGAUGGUGGCGGGGCUGGGGCCCGGGCCGCCCGUGUGGUAGCCGUUUGGGUGGGUGA